GGCAUACUGAAAAUCACCACGUCGCGCGAAUCGCGAUCAGUAUUUAAGACGAUUUUCCUUCAUCACAGAACACUGCUCUCUUACCACUCACUACUCACAUUACAUAUCACAAUGGCCACCUUUUUCGAUAACAUGAACAAGUCCUUCGUCGACGUCCCAGUCGUGGACGGCAAGAUCGACACCGCCGCGUUCCUUGACGCAUCCGAAUCGUUGGUCAAGUUGUUCGACCUCCUCGGGUCCUCUGCCUUUUCUGUUGUCCAGAACGACAUGAACGGCAACAUCAAGAAGAUCCGCACCAAGUUCCUCGCAGAACCGCUCGCCGCCGGCACCUUGCAGGACUUAGUUCUCUCCGAGAAGGACGCGAAGAAGAAGGACGCGACUCAGGGCUUGCUCUGGUUGUCCAGAGGCUUGCAAUUCACUGCGCAGUCCUUAAGAGAGACCGUUGACACCCCAGACGCUGAGCUUACCAAGACCUUUACUGACGCGUACGGCAAGACCUUGUCUAAAUACCACGGGAUGUUGAUCAAGCCGGUCUUCAAGUUGGCAAUGAAGGCUUGUCCGUACCGCAAAGACUUUUACGCCAAGUUGGGCAGCGAUCAGACCAAGGUUGACGUACAGUUGCAGGAGUGGUUAGUGGCUGUUGAGAAGAUUGUCGCGAACAUUUUCGCUUUCUUCGAGAGCGGCAACUACGGCAAGGGCUUGUAAGUAUAUGGGCACCUCCAGACGGAUAAUGAAUCUAUUCUUUAUCGAAUAUAGAAUUGGUUCGACUGAGGGGAGGAAUUUUGAGCAGGCAGAGCUUACAGCUGGGAGAAAACGCCUGAGAUUGAGUAAAAUCUGUAUACACAAAGGCACACAAUAUGCUUGAGAAUCAGAAGUAGUCAAAUAUAUGGUAACGUAGGCAUGAUUCGGAAAAC